GAGAUGCGUGUCGCCUCUCUUCCUUCUGUAGUGACCAAGCGCGAACUCUAUGACGAUGUGAGUCUGGUUCUUUUCCAAGACAUUCUACGCACUCGACAGACAAAGAUCUAUUCUUCUUGAUGGAGAGAGAUGAGCUCUGGUGUGGCUUGAAGAUCUCUGUGGAAUUAGAGAACUUAUGUAGAGAGAAAACUUUGAAUUGAGAUGUAGCCAAAGUAUCUGAAUUGAGAUGUAGCCAAAGUAUCUGAACUGAGAUGUAGCCAAAGUAUCUGAACUGAGAUGUAGCCAAAGUAUCUGAACUGAGAUGUAGCCAAAGUAUCUGAACUGAGAUGUAGCCAAAGUAUCUGAACUGAGAUGUAGCCAAAGUAUCUGAACUGAGAUGUAGCCAAAGUAUCUGAACUGAGAUGUAGCCAAAGUAUCUGAAUUGAGAUGUAGUCAAAGUAUCUGAACUGUUCUAAACGUGAACUGCUUGUACAAAUCAUCUCAUCUCUCCCUUGACUUUCGUCGCAGGGGGUGUUAUAACAAUCCCUCCACUUUUCCCAGUCAGCAGCUGUUCUAAGUAGGAUAUUAUGAGAGAGGCGGGUCCAUUCUUGUAUGUUAUCCAACCAGCUUUUCUUUGGACGACCCAUUCUUCGCACCUUAAAGAAUGACUUUGAUAGUGAGUCAACAAAGAAAAUCGAUUUUCAGAACAUUUCCAGUCACUCCUUUUAACAGGUACGACGAUGUUCUGCUCAAGCAUUCAACUGUUUGUAGUGCUGAGCUUUUAAAACACUAGAAUGUCAGACAUAAAUGAAGAACGUCACAGACUUACACCGUUACGGGCGAUGAGCACAUAAAUAAGCAGCCAGAUUUCUUUUGCUUCGCUGAACUCACUAGUCAACGCCAUACAUUGUCGCGAUGGUAAACUAAGACAAACUGAACCAGCCGUAGAUAUGAAAAGUCUCAUAGAUUGAAGUCUGACUUACAUGUGGAUUUACUUUUUUUUUAAAUGUCGAGUAGAAGUGAGCUCAUGAUUUUCUCGACAUUGCCAGCACUGACUGCUUCAAUGUACGCCAUGAAACAAGGACAUCUUCAAGCUUUAACUACUAGCUUCCUGUUUCUGUUCUUGCCUUCCAUAUAUCCGGCGAUGUCUCAGUACAGUUUUGGUGACGCCAUACUUCCUGGGCUGAGCCAGGGCGCAUACGUCAAAAACGGAGAUUUAAAUCUGGGAACAUUUCUGGGGAUUUAUACGUCACUCAGCUCGACCAGCUUUAAGUGUGACGUCUUCGCUCUCACAGAGAGCACGCUACAGAAGAUGGAGGCCAUAGCCUAUGCCGUGGAGCUCACCAACAACAGCUCCGCCAUUCUGCCCAACGUGAGCUUGGGGUUUGUUAUUCUAGACGAGUGCGGACAUCCCAACACGGUCCUUGCACAGUCCUUGAACUUUCUUCCUAAAUUGAAAAAUUCAUCUUCCGUCGGGAGCGGAGGCACCACAUAUGACGUCGUUGGAGUCGUCAGCCCGAGCAGAAGUGACUGGACGUCUCCGAUAUCUCAAAUGUAUUCUGUCGCCAAACUUCCAAUCGUGGGCUACAAAACAGGAAGUGAUGAGCUGUCUGACAAGUAUAAACACCGCUACUUCCUUCGAGUAGUUCCCCCUGAUAAAUACCAAGUGAUGGCUAUGUUGAACUUUAUCCACAAAAUGGGAUGGUCGUAUAUCUCCGUCCUCUAUCACUCGGGCAAUUACGGGGAGCCGCCUUUCGACACGAUCAAACAACUGGCGCCUAAAUUCGGCAUCUGCAUUGCAUCGUCCAAUAAAGUAGACGAGCUGACAGAUAUGGGCCCCGUGGUGAAAGACCUGCUGGACGUCCCACGAGCACGCGUUGUCAUCCUGUUCACCAACUUGCCUGUGGUGGUUAACCUGUUCGACACAAUUAAGCUUUUCAACGCGUCCGGAUAUUUCAUAUGGUUGGGAAGCAACGCGUGGGCGGGAUCCGCGGUUGCCUCCCUUCAAAACUACGCUGCGGAAAUAGCAGGAAGCUUCGUCUUUCAGCAGAUUUAUGCACGCGUUCCGGAUUUCGAGAAGUUUUACUUGUCCAGAACUCCAGCCACCUCCUCCAACCCAUGGCUUCUUUCCGCGUGGGAGUCUUUCACCAACUGCUCCUGGAUGAGCUCCUCUUGUCAAGCGCAUCGCGCUGAGAGCCUCGCUUUCGGGGACGACAACUCCCACGUGAUCAACACUGUCUUUGUCUUUGCUAACGCUAUAGAUCGGUUAUUACGAGACAAGUGUCCCAAUGCUACAGGCAAAGAUGCAAGAUCUUGUAUCACUGGUGAGCUUCUCCUAAGCUAUCUUCUCAAUACAUCACUCAUUAGUUACACCGGAAGGAUUCACUUCGACGACAAAGGCGACAUGACUGGCAAGUACUGGAUUAAGCAGAUCAUUCCUAAAGACUCGCGAGGCCUCGCCGAGGCAUUGAUUGCGACUUACGACAUAAUUACCAGUCAGGUGGAUUACAGCCUCAGCUACAAAAUCUCUUGGAAGUAUUUCAAAACGGUGGAAAGAAUCGAACCCUUGUCUAGCGAUGAUGAUGCUGAAAUGCCAGAAUCCGUGUGUAGCCGACCAUGCGGACCACAAGAGCUUAAGAUCCCUAAAAAGCUCGAAUGCUGUUGGGAUUGCCGCACGUGUCGCAGCUACGAGAGGCUCCGUCACGACAUAGCCUCGUGUGAGACUUGCGCUGAAUUUUAUUGGCCAGAUCCGAAGACGAACUAUACCACGUGCCAGGCCAUACCAUUGUCUCACCCGUCCAUCAAUGGUACAAUGUCCAUCGUCAUCAUCGCUCUCGGCAUUCUCGCCAUCAUGUUCGCCAUCAUUGUCUUUGCAGCCUACAUUUUCCUCUGGGACGUCAGGGUUAUAAAAGCCUCGAGCAGGGAGCUCAGCGUCCUGCAGCUCAUCGCUGUCCUCCUGGGCUACGUAACAAUCAUCUGCUUCCAAAACAUGCCCACCACUGAGCUGUGUGGCGCCAUCUAUGUUAUGUUCUGCCUUAGCUUCAGCUGGCUCUACUCUCCACUGCUGGUCAAAGCUGUUCGAAUAUUUAGAAUCUUUCAAAGCGGCUCCAAGUACAACAUGCGACCAAAGUUCGUCAAUUCAAAAUCGCAGAUCAUCAUGGCCACUAUACUCAUCUUUUUUCAGAUCAUCAUUUGUAUCAUCAUCUUUAUCAUGUACAAGCCCAGCUCUACCUUAACCCAGCCUAUAGCCACCGACAAAUUCGUCGAGUUGUCAUGUGACAUGACCCUCCCAGGUCUCAUAUCCUUCCUAGCCUACAACUUGGUGCUAGUCUCCCUUUGUUCCGUCUUCGCCUUCAAGACCCGCAAACUUCCGGACAACUUCAACGAGUCCAAGUUUAUGUCCAUGUGCGUGGCCACCACGUUGGUCAUCUGGCUGGCCUUCACGCCCACUUACCUGACGGCUAUCUACCAGUACGUUCGCGUGCUGCUGCUGUCGGCGGCGCUGUUGCUAAACCACACCGUGGCUCUGUUGUUCCUAUUUAUCCCGAAGAUAUACGCUGGGCUGUGGAUUCCGCAGGAACCAUCAGUACGCAACGUCAGCUACAGGUUCCAAACGGCCACAGCCAAGACAGCGAGGACUUCUCACCAACCAAAUAUCAAUCAAGUAGGUCCACACAGUUGCACGGAACAGCAACGUCAAGGAUUUUAAUUGCAAUGAGACAAAAUUAAAAAUCGCAACUUUAGUGUCGGCGAGGAGAAAUGGGGGAAAACCAGUAAUAAGUGCCAAAAAGCACAAGAUUAUUUUAAAAACAAAUAUUGCCAGAAUAGCGUACGUCUACGAAAGAAAUAAACCAUUAUGUCGAGUGUCAGAAAAGAACAUGUAAUAAUGUAAACUAAUGUCAAUUAUGUGCAAUACUUGUAUUAUACCAAGUGUUUCUUAUUUGCUGACAUCUAAAUGUAUGGCUGAUUAAACUAGCAUUGUCACGGGAAAAUAACGGCUAUUUUCAAAUUGCGGCCGAUAAAAAAAUACAGAGAAUGAAAUUGUACUCUUCAACGACGAAGGUGAAGUUAGAAAAGUGAGUUGGUUGUUGUUUCAACAAAAACUAUUAAUAACUUAAAAGAGUCUAACAACAUUGGCUGGAUAAGUUCAGGUAAACGCUAUAUGUGUAUUCUCCUAAGAUGACCAGUUCUAUUACCAUCGAUAGAUUUUAUCACUUCAAGUAGGAAAACAUUUGGAUUAGUCCUGAGACCUGGAACCAAAUAUUCUGAUGAUGGCGUAGCAAACUGGGUUUAUUUCUGGCAAUGUAAAAUUCUUGAAAAUUAAAAUUUAUUCAGGUGGUACAUUCUAGAAAACUAAAAACGCUAAAAAAAAUUAAGUUCAUUAAAAUAUUUCAGAACAUUUCACCUCAGUUUAUAAUAAACCCUUUCUUUUGUAGUUGAUUUUUUAAAUUUAAUUCCCAGAUUGGUACUCGAAGCUGCGUAGCAUAGGCCUACAUAGAUCUAGGUUUUGCAUGAUCGGUUACUUCUCUGCCUGCACCACAUAUAUCGUCGUCAAUAUACCGAGCAGCCACUUCAACAUAAAAAAAUGGGUCAUCUCAAAUGUAUUCCUUUUAUUUGUCUUCACAUCCCAUUCUUUCCAUCUUGUUAUAUCAUCGACAAAAUCCACCGAAAUAAAUCAAGAUUCCUUUUCUAUUUCUAACAAAGUUAGACGAGAGUCACAUGACAGUCACAUGAUAGUCUCCACGUUGAACAUUUCAGAAUGGCGUCCAUGUCCAUAAUGUCCUGCAAGGUGACAAGAGAGGAUGCUACACCAACGUGGGGAAAAUCUUGUUGAAAACUGUUGACAACUAGGCCUACGAGUUGAAAAGCUUAGAAAUAGCAUGAUCUAGAAGUUGAUGGAGGAUUUAUAGCUAACAAUCAUCCUAAGAAUAUCAGCCCCUGGAGCGGCUUCAAGAUCUACUACUUUUGCCUUUACGAAUUACACUCAGGAGAUUUUGAAAAUAAAACUUGCCCGAUACACUUUGCUAGGAGAUUUAUUUGAAAGCAUGUUGCCGCCCUGGAGUUGGCAGGCAUAUGAGCACAACUCUUCAAACGACUGUAACUCAAAAAGUGUGUGUAGUAUAAUUAUUAUUGUAAUAGGCCUAUAAGUAUUUUAUAUUGCACAUGAAAGUUUUCUCCUAAGUUCUAUAGUAGAACUCAACACCCCACCCACCCCUUAAAAGAAAUCUGAUUUUAAAAUAAUUGAUUUCAAAAGAAACUGAUUUCGACAAAAUCAAAGUACGAAAUACACUCGAACCAACUAGACAGGGAUUAACAGAUGAAUUGUUAUAAGGGACAGCUUCAAACUCAUUACAAAACAAAACAUCAGCCAUGAAACUAUACUACAAUACAUCAACCAUGCAUCAACUUUGAAUCUCGAUGCUCAAUAGUGCUCAAUGAAUUCAUUAAUUCAUUAUAAUAAUCCAAUGUAUAUAACAUAUGGUGAGCAUAAUAAAGAUUAUCAUGAAUAAUCAUAUGUCUAUAACAUAUA